AUGAGGGAGACGAGAGAUGAGCGAGACGAGAGAGAUGAGCGAGACGAGAGGGAUGAGCGAGAUGAGAGAGAUGAGCGAGACGAGAGAGAUGAGCGAGACGAGAGAGAUGAGCGAGACGAGAGAGAUGAGCGAGACGAGAGAGAUGAGCGAGACGAGAGAGAUGAGCGAGACGAGAGAGAUGAGCGAGACGAGAGAGAUGAGCGAGACGAGAGAGAUGAGCGAGAUGAGCGAAACGAGAGAGAUGAGCGAGACGAGAGAGAUGAUCGAGACGAGAGAGAUGAGCGAGAUGAGCGAGAUGAGCGAGACGAGAGAGAUUAG